AUUUGACGAGCGACACCUACGGGGUCGUGCGGCAAAAACUUUCUCUGUCCGCGGGCGCCACUGCAGCGACACCUGCCGUGUGGCUCCAACACUAUUGGCUCAGUCUGUGCGCCCACGCCGUGCCGCGAGCACCGAUCCUACACAUUGUUCAGCGUUCUUGUCUUUCCGAUUGUAGUUGGACCACAUCUGUCGGAGCUGCUAUGUCACGGGCCAAGUCGUCGGCGGGCCGUGCCCCGGCACGCCCCCUGCCAGCGCCACGGACGGACGCGCCGCGACGCGCCACUACGAGACGCUCCGCGGCGGCCGCGGCCGCGUCUGGCGCUGGUGCCACGAGCCGCCGCCCGCCCGCUGCUGCGGCGAGGCGACAGGCCGCAGUGAUGGCCACCACUCCGCCCAAUCCAGGGCGGGGCCAUGCUGCUACAACGUCGGCCGCCGCCGCCUCGCCCCCUGACGCCGCGGUCAUCGACCCCGCCGCUCUUCAAACAAUGGUGGGCGACAUGGUCCGGGCCGCCGUCGCCGCCGCUCUACCUGCCAGCGAGCCAUCACCGCCGGCGACGGUCGCCGUGCAGCGCGGUCCGGCACAGCGUCUCCAGGAUGGGCCAGCUGCCCAUCUGACGUCCGCCGACCACGCCUACACGCCGGCUGCCGAACUGCAAGCCGGGCCAAUGGCGCUCCCGGCGGUUCUCUCCGGCGCCCCUCCGACCGCCGCCGGCCCUGCUCCACCUGCGCACCUGCCAGCGGCGCAGUUGCCCGUCGCCGGCCGUCCGCCGGCGCCGGUGGAAAAUGCCGCAGGUCUUCAAGGAGCUCCGCCCGUCCGCAGCAGCCACGCCGACGUCCUGGGACUGGCCGGCCUGCGGCACGCUCUCACCGUUCACCAGCUAGCUGGUGCCGCGCUAGCUCCUGCCACCAUUCGCUCUUAUCGAGCAGUGUGGGGCCAAAUCCGCGUUUUCCUCACUCUGCCGCCCACUGCUGCCCUGUUUCCCAUCUCAGUGGCCGACACUGCUGAUUUCCUGGCCUCUCGACACGAGCAGGGCUGUUCCGCUUCCACCCUCGCCGCCGAGGCGUCUGCCAUCUCCUACGGCCACAAGCUAGCCGGCGCGCCGGAUCCCACGGCGGACUUCCGGGUGCGACAGCUGUUAGCGGGAUCCCGCCGGCUACGGCCGAGUGCGGACAACCGCCUCGCCGUCUCCCUGACCGAGCUCGGCGAGCUCUGCGCCGCACUCCAUUUCCUAGGCCUCUCCCCGGUAGACCGUGCUGCAUUCCGUGCCAUCUUUACAUUGGCUUUCUUUGCUAUGCUUCGCCCGGGCGAGGUCGUGCGCGGCCGAGACCUGACCCACACAGUCCGACUCAGCCACGUGAGUCUCGUCGGCCCCCAGCUUUCUCUCACCAUUCCAUCCUCAAAAACGUCGGCCUCCCCGUUCACCACCACGCUUCGAGCCCGGCCUGAUCUUGCCACGUGUCCGGUCGCCGCUGUCCGCGACUACCUCGCGGUCCGCGGCACGGGCCUUCCUGAUGACGCACUGUUUAUCGGCGGCCAUCGCCGCCCUCUGACAUCGCGCGAUCUCACUCGCGUACUUCGCAUGGCGGGCCGUCGAGCUGGUCUCAACCCAGCCCGCCUCUCCGGGCACUGCCUUCGCAUCAGCGGCGCCUCCCACGGCGCCGCAGUCGGACUAACGGAGCCCCAACUCUGCCACGCCGGCCGCUGGUCGUCCCAGGCCGUGCGGCGAUACGUACGGCGGCCGGUCUCCCUCCUUCAGGCAUCCUAAGCGGCGGGUCCCGUCCAAAGAGGGUUAACGUUGCCGGCCUUCCACCGCUACCGCUCCCAAACCCGAGCCACAGCUGCCCGUUCUAGGUCUGGGUGCACGGGCCGCGCCCUAGCAGGCGUAGCGGCAGUCCCGACGCUGCCUGUUCAGGCCCGGGCUCCCAAACCGCCGCCCUCGCAGGCGGAGCGGCGGCGUCCUUGGCCACCUGCCUGUUUUCGGUCCGGGAUCCCGGACCGCCGCCUUCACGGGCGAGCGGCAGUCUUGUCAGCUGCCUGUUUUAGGUCCGGGCCCCCGGACCCCCGCCUCACGGGCGGAGCGGUAGUCUGUCAGCUGCCUGUUUCAGGUCCGGGCUCUGGGACCGCCGCCCUCGCCGGCGGAGCGGCAGUCCCAACUCCCCGGCUGCGCGCCACAGUGAUGUAUCUGUAUAUGUGUAACGUCGGGCUCGCGUGUUCAUUGUUGGUUUAGCUCGCCCGCACAGCUAUAACCCAGAUGAAACUGCCGUUUCUACGCCACAGCCGCACCGCCGACGGUGCCAUGUUUGUGCGUCGCGUGAGGUGAAUUACGCCGUGCGCGGCAUGUCAUGUCCUCUGCCGUCGCGUUAUCGCCACGUCUGUUAAUCCAGAGGCAUCCAUCGUUUUCCAUUAGCUUUCUGCCGCCCUGGCAAUUUUGUUCAUAGCGAAUGCCUCUCCGUUCCGCGCGGGUGCAGAUGGGGUGUUGGGCGUAAUCUGCACCCAAAGUGCAUGACGGGUGUACAAACGUACGAAUACACAGACCCAUAUUCAUCAGUCAUGCAUUUGCAAGCGCAGCGGAACGGAGAAAUGCAUUUGACGAGCGACACCUACGGGGUCGUGCGGCAAAAACUUUCUCUGUCCGCGGGCGCCACUGCAGCGACACCUGCCGUGUGGCUCCAACACUAUUGGCUCAGUCUGUGCGCCCACGCCGUGCCGCGAGCACCGAUCCUACACAUUGUUCAGCGUUCUUGUCUUUCCGAUUGUCCACCGCCACCCCGCCGCCGCCUGUGGUACUGUGUUUCCAUGCAUUGCUGGCUGUGUAAGCGUAAUCUGCACCCAAAGUGC